AUGUUCCGCAGCCCACCUUGUAUCAGAAAUGCCUUGUUGAAGCCGACAUUCACUUGCUGCAUUCGCACACUUUCCACAUCGUCCGCCCUGCUCGAGAAGCCACUGCCACCACGGAUCGUGAUACCAGAGAAAGAUAUCAUAGAGACCUUCUUGAAGGGUUCAGGUCCAGGCGGGCAGAAGAUCAACAAGACGUCUUCGGCGGUGCAGUUGAAGCACUUACCGACAGGAAUCGUGGUGAAGAAUCAAGAGACUCGAAGCCGUGAUCAGAAUCGCAAGAAUGCAAGGCGAAUCUUGGGCGAGAGACUGGAGGAAAUAGAGAAGGGCCCGCUGGCACGCACAGCGCUAAAGGCUGAGAAGAUCAGAAAGAAGAAAGCGAGUGCAACAAAGAAGUCCCGGAGAAAGUAUCGUCAACUCGAGGAGCAAGCUGCGGGUGCAGCAAGCCCAGAGUCCGGCAAGGAGGAGAGAUACGAGGAUACCAGCAAGGCGCAUGCGGCAGAUGUUGGCGCAGAGCAAACAAAGCAGAGCCAACCUACUGUCAGCACCGAUGGUAGCAAUGGGUGA